AUGUCUCCGCUUGGAAUCCUCAUCGUUUUUCUCGGAGUUCACACGGCUCAAGGUUGGUGGAUAUUUUCUAACAAGAAAAAAGAAGAAGACAACAAGAUAUGUGCGGCGACACCACAGGAUGAUUCCGAUCUUCAGGUGGAGUAUACCUUGUACACAACGGAGAACCCUGACAAUGGAGAUAAUCUGACUCCUGACGCCGACUCUCUCAGACAGUCAAAGUUCAAAGCCGACAGGGACACGAAAUUUCUCAUCCAUGGGUACACCGACCAGGGAUCUUCCGAUUGGGUGAAAAACAUGGCCAAAGAGUUCUUGAAACAUGAAGACCUAAACGUUGUUGCUGUCAACUGGCAGAAGGGAGCAGACAGCCUGUACUACGGUCAGUCGGCAGCCAACACGAGGCGAGUGGGCGAGAUGGUCGGGGAUUUCAUCAGACAGCUGAAGGAGGUGAUGGGAGCCCCGUACAGCAGCCAGCACCUGAUAGGACAUAGUCUGGGCGCUCACAUCUCAGGCUUCGCCGGGGCAAGUCUUAACGGACAAGUCGCCAGAAUUACAGGGUUGGAUCCAGCAGGGCCGUGUUUUCGGUUUUCUGGGCCCGAUGACCGACUUAGUGACGACGACGCCAUCUUUGUUGACGCUAUCCACACGGAUGGGGACUUGCUUCUACAAGGGGGUUUUGGAACUGAGUUACCUAUGGGAGACGCCGACUUCUACCCUAAUGGUGGAGAAAAACAACCCGGAUGUGACAGUUGGAUCUGGCAGCAUCUCGUGGACCUGUUUACCAAGUGGAUAGAUGGUUUUACAAGCAGUCUUGCGUGCAAUCACCUCAGGGUGUUAGAUCUAUUCAGGGAGUCCAUCGACCCGGCCAACUCUUUCAAGGCUUACCCCUGCGACAGCUAUGAUGAUUACAAUGACUGCAGAACCUGUAGGUCUCGGGGGUGCUCCAGGAUGGGUUAUCACGCCUCUCCAAUGAAGCAUGGGAUCUACACCCUGCGCACACACAGCAAAUCUCCGUACUCCUACGACUAUUAA